UCAUUCAUCUAGCUAACAUUGAAGGUUUAAGUUUGCAUUAUUUUUAGCGAUGCAUCGUGUGUAAGAAAUAAGGACAGAAGGUUAAAUUAUAAAGAACUGCAAAGAAAACGAAUAUUAUGUUGCAAGGAUGUUAUAAUUAUGAUGACUACAGAUAAGUGAAAUAACGCAAUCUUGAAUUAUUGUUACUGUUGCGUUAGUUUCUUGACAUUUCCUAAGAUAUUCAGUUGUAAGAUAAGUAGAGCUUUAAUUACUUGUAAGUGGUUUUCGAGUUGCCAAACAGAGAGUCAGACUGAUGAAAUAGGAGAGGACGUGGGACAUUGUUUUAUUGAAUCGGGAAUUAUUUGUUCGCAAACGUUGGAAACUUAUUAGUAAAAAAUGUAAAGUGUAAUACCAAUCUUGUGAUUUUUUAACGUUCGUAUUACAGGAAAAAAUAGAGAUCUAAGUUUAAACAUCAAAAUAAAGAAGUAUUGCAUUCUAUAGUUAACUAUAAUGGGAUACCAAAUAUUUCACCACGUGGGCAACCACUCUAAUCUGAUCGUCUUUCUGUUUAACUCACAUUGUUUUCAACUCGUGCUCAUUUAACAACCAAUUAUUGAUGUUAACAUCUUUUCAAACGGAUUGGUUAAUUAAGUGAACCAAACACGUUAGCCACAUUAUCUUUUAGAUUAAAAAAGGACCAACUGACGCAAGUUCUAGAUACACAAUUAUACGAUUAUCACAGCAAGAAUUCAAUUUUCUUGUUAUUGCCCAAUGUAUAAAUGAUAGCAAACAAAUCAAGAUCCGUGAAUUGAUUCAUUAAAGACAACCAUAACGUGAAAUACAGUAGUUUUUUUUGUCAAUUUGCAGAAAACGGAUUUCUUAGGGUAAUAAAACGGAGUAUGUGAUUUGUGUUGGAGUUUACACGGAUAGUUGUAUCAAUGGAAUUAAUGAUCGUCUGAGUUCUGGAGCAUAGUUAUGGGGAAUAAGCCUUCAAGAAAUUUGUGUAGACUCAGUAGGGAGUGUAAAGGCCGCGAUGAUGUCGUAAAAGACGUCCGCGCGCUCGUUCAUGAUGACGACGUUGACGUCAUAGUCAUUUGCGGAGCACCUAUGAUCGGGAAGUCCAUGGUUUUAAUAAAGGCAUUUUUAGAAGAACAAGAACACCUUGAUUCAGAUAACGUGUUUCUUUAUCACAAUUUUGACGACUGCAAAGAGGACGAUGUACAUAGAGCAGAAGAGUCCUGGUCAUUAAAGAUUAACCGAUUUGCUAAAGGUGAAGCAAGUGACAACAAAGUUAAGUAUAAAAUAUUGCUCGAUAGGCUUAUUUCAAGCUAUGAAAAUCAAGUAUAUCUAUAUCUAGACAACGUUGACAUGCUGAAGAAAUGGGAUAAACUAGCGGAGUUUUUAGAGCUGGUAAAGGAUUCCGUAGCAACACACGAUAAUCUCAAAGUGAUUUUCUCAACGUCAACACAAGUUCCAGAAAUAACGAACGGACUAGUUGUUGUCAAAGUUCCGGUAUUACCAAUAGAACAUAUCAGUUCGCUUAUAACCAAUGUGUGUGUCUCCAAACAAGUAAACGUAGAUGAAUCUCAGAAACUGUACAUUCCACUAAUAGGAACAUUAUGUGACGGAAUACCUUACAUUGCGACAACAGCAGGAAGCAUCUUAUCAGAAAACCAAGGUUUGAUAUUGCCAUCUGAGCUUCUCGAGUUAAUGAUAGCUCAAAGGCUGGAAGUUCUCAGUCCGACCAACUAUCCGACGUCGAACAGAUUUGUUGCUUUGACCGGCCCAAUCAGCGAAAGUUCCCUAAAUAUCGAGGUCAGAGACUUCUUGUCUAAUUUAGCACAAAAAUUAAGGUCCACUUUUACGGAAGAUGAAGCCGUACAAUGUAAUGAUGAUACACGCGAUACCGCUGCUAUGGUCAAGAAUUCUAAACUCCGCCCGCUGUUGAUAUGUUGCAUUCUCGCCAAGGACAAAAAGCUUUGCUUACCCACGGUCUUCAAAGAAUGCAAACUUGUUGUAGACAAAAAUUUGGCGCAAGAAAACCACGGAGAAAACGCUGAAGAGGUAAAACGUUUGGAAGAUUGCAGACUGAAUUUAACCAGAGAGAAUCUUACAAGAUUAAAUUUGACAAUCACAGACAGGCAACUGGAAAACCCAAAAGAAGUUGAGAAAAUAAUCAAGAGUCUUAUGGACACAGCAAAGAGAGAACCAGAGGAAAACUUUGAUUCGUUCGGAAGUAAAAUCCUCGAGGAAUUGGGCUUAGACUGCAACUUCUUUGGAAUCCCAGACGUACAAACGCCAGACGGAAAACCCGAGCCCACCGUAGCAUACGGUGGUAGUGGCUCUGGACUAGAAUUCGUUCAACUUCGGAAAGAUGCAUUCAGAAAAGAGUUUUUCGGGAACGAUACUUCCUCAUUAGGAAGUUUAAAUUACGACCAAUUCAGUUAUGCUAACAAAGACCUAUCGGAAAAUCAUAUCAUUAUGAAAUCAGACGAUAUCGUUAGUCAGAAAGAUUUGUUAAGCAAUGGUCCUCAUGCAUUAGAUGUAGAUCCGGAUUACAAAGGUAAUGAAACACUGGAAAGUAUACAUUCUGAAUCUUAUACCUGUAAAAAAGAAACUGUGGCACUAUACGAUCACGAUAUCAAUAAAAUACUUCUACUGAACGAUAACAAAAACACACCAAAGGUCAGAGGUGAACAAAUGCCUUUGCAAUCCAGCGGCCCUAAUGGCAUUAUGUAUGUAAACAACGCAGCAGAAGAAAUAAAAUUACAUCCACAGAUUUCAGAGGAGGACAGCGGGAUUGAGCACGGUAGUGACGUUCAUAUGAGGCGGACAACUGAUUAAUGACAAACACGUUUAUAAGGCUUGCUAGCUGUUGCGAAUUCACUUGGCGCGUACGUUUACAAGGCAGCAUGUUAAUUUGCACCAUACGUCUCUCUUAUAUGUUGUUUUUUAAAUUGCGAAUGCAUAACGUACAUUUAAACUUUAAGUAAGACGAAAGUAAAGUAAGUAUGGUGAAAAGACGGGUUUAACUUGUUUGACGUUGUCCAAGUGUAGUAACAGGUUUAUAGACAAAGAGAAAAACCCCAUCUCCCCGAUAAACAUCAGACUUGCCGGCAGUUGCCACGUAUUAAAUACUUAUAAUAGUUAUUAUUUUACUCAUUCAAUUAUGCAGGGCUUUCGUUUAUUGUCCUAUACAAUUACUCACAGCGAUAUAAUUCUGCAGAAUCUCAAUACCAUAAACAUUAAUACUCAUUUAAGUUGUGUAUGUUAGAAAUAGUUGUGUGUCAAAGUGUAUUUUUUAAAAGUUAGAACCACAUUU